CUUCUCCAAUAAACAUCAACACAAUUUUAUUAUGAACCCAGAACCAGAAACACACGACCGCCUUAUCGAGGCCGCUUCUGAGGGCGACCUCGAACAGAUCCAGCAGUGUAUUGCGACUGGAGAGUCCCUCACUGAAGAGGCCAUCCAACGCGUACUUGCGGCUGCAGCCUGGAAUAAUCGGGUGUCCGUCGUCGAGUUCAUGCUCUGCAAUCACCCGCCUCAUUCAAUCGAGGAAGAGGCAGUCCGUGCGGCAAUAUAUGCGGACUCAACAUCACUCUUUUCGAUGCUACUCUCCCGAGAUCCUUCAAUCAUCAACAUGCAGUUUGACAGACGUGGCACUCCUCUUGUAGUAGCCUGUAUGGCCCAGAAGCCUCUUGACUUCCUCAAGUUUCUGCUCGAGGCCGGGGCUGAUCCUAAUCAGGAUCCUGGCUGCAUGAUGAUAACCCCACUUGCAAUGGUAGCAGCGUUCUACAAAACAAACACCGAGGUUGUUGAUUUGCUACUGAAGCAUGGUGCGAAACUUGAACAGUCGGGCGCACUUGCGGCUGCCGCGACCCGAAACAAUGAAAUCAUGACCCAGCAUCUCCUUACCAGAGGAUCUGAUCACGCAAAUGAUCCUUACCCCUUGAAGGCUGGCUUUGCGCUUCAUCUAGCGGCCAAGCGAGGAUACGUCGGGGUGGUGAAGAUUUUGCUCGAACAUGGCGUUGAUCCCAAUGCUAGAGAUGAGAAUGGCAAGACGGCAACUCAAGUGGCAAAGGAGGCAGAGAAUGAGGGCGAAGACCGGAUAGCAGUACAAGAUCUAUUGAACAGUUUCAUGUAACUUAAAUGUUGGAUGAGGGAAGAACAACAGAAAAUCACCAAUCUAUGGUAAAACUGUAAGCAGGUGACCCA